UUGGAUGCAAGGUCAGGUAUAAAAGCAGUUGGAGGACAUGGAUAAAACUGUGGCAGUCCUUUGGAUCCAAAACAGUUGCCAGUGCAGCCAUGACCAUGGGCAAGAUCAUCUUCUACGAGGAAAGAAAUUUCCAGGGUCGCUCCUAUGAGACCAGCAGCGACUGUGCCGACAUGUCCUCCCACCUGAGCAGGUGUCACUCCUGCAGGGUGGAGAGUGGCUGCUUCAUGGUCUACGACCGCACAAACUUCCUGGGAAACCAGUAUUUUGUGAGGAGGGGAGAGUACUCUGACUAUCAACGCAUGGGCAUGAGUGACUGCAUUAGGUCUUGCCGCAUGAUCCCCAUGCAUAGAGGCCAGUUCAGGAUCAGAAUUUAUGAGAGGGAAGACUUCGGUGGUCAGAUGCAUGAGUGCAUGGAGGACUGUGACUCCAUCAUGGAUCGCUAUCGCAUGUCUGACUGCAUGUCCUGCCAUGUGAUGGAUGGUCACUGGCUGAUGUACGAGCACCCCCACUACAGAGGCAGGAUGAUGUACCUCAGACCUGGAGAGUACAGGAGCUUCAGGGAGAUGGGAUAUGGAGGCAUGAGGUUCAUGAGCAUGAGGAGAAUCAUGGAUUCCUGCUAGUAGACCCUCACUGUUAAAACACAAGCUGUCAAAUAAAGCAUAGAAGUUCUCUUUAAA